AUGCGUGCCAGUCAGUAUUCACUUGCUCUACCUGACGCUGCGCUGGUCCUUGGUUGGCCCAGCAUCCUCGCUGCGAUAGCCACUCUGGUGGUGGUACAUCGCGUAGUUUACGCCCUGUUUUUCUCCCCACUCCGCCACAUUCCCGGCCCCUUCCUCGCGCGGCUGACUGGCAAACGUGCAGAUAUAAUCGGCUUACUUGGCCAGACGGUGAAAUACUCAAGCAAGGAGACCGAACGCUAUGGCGACAUUUACGUCUACCGGCCCAAUGCAGUUGUGAUUUCGCAUCCAGCCGACAUCCGUGCCGUGUAUCGCUCGCACAAUUUCCGCAAGACAGAGUUUUACCGUGGCGUUGACCUUCAGCGGUAUCGAGACUAUGUUCAGCACACGCAACCCAGAACUUGCAGAUCCAAGGUCGAGCCGAUUUUAGCCAUGCAUGGGCCGGAGUCGCUGAAGGCCAAGUGGGACGCGCUGCUGGCGCAGUCCACCGACGGCAGUGUGGAGAUAAACUACAACAAGGAUUUCCUGCUCGCCACAUUUGAUACAAUGCAGUUCACUGGCGUUUGGACGGUCCACUGGAGCACUGGCCAGGGACGAUUGGACAAUUUUCUCAACAUAUUUCCAUUCUCGACCUUGCUGUAUCCAUGGAAGCACGGGUACGACGAGGUAACCAGGUACACGGUUGAGUCUGUCAACAUGCGCCACGAGUACCUAACUACGCACAAGGACAAGCCGGUGGACAUUCUGCAAGUAUUUGUCGACGCCGAAGAUCCACAAUCCAAGACCCAGCAUGACCUGAGCGGCAAGUUCAAGGUGGAGAGUUUGAAUACGCUGCUGGCAGGCAGUGAGGCAGUGGCUACUACAAUGAUGUGGACAGUGCAUCUGCUGAUGCUCCACCCAGAGCACUACCGGCGUGCAGUGGAUGAAGUUCGAGGCGAGUUCGGCCUGGACCAUCUAGUCACAAGUGUAUCGAAGCGCAUACCAAGCUGCCGUUCUUGGAAGCCUGUCUGUUCGAGUCCAUGCGGUUUCACCCAACAUCCGGCGGGCUGUGGCCCAGGAAAGUGCCUAAGGAGGGCAGUAACGCUACAGGGCCAUUUUCUCCCAGGUGGCACUGAAAUCUUCACCUAA